CGUGACAUGGCACACGAGGCGUUUUUCCUCUUCGCCAUUGUUAGCACAUUAGCAUUGUCGGUUACGUUUGCAGAACGUGUUUCUGCCAUUCACGAUGUUUCUUCACUCAAUCGAAGCACCUUUCCACCAGGCUUCAUUUUUGGCACAGCAUCAUCGUCGUACCAGUAUGAAGGUGCAGCAAAAGAAGGUGGUAAAGGACCGAGUGUAUGGGAUACUUUCACCCAUAAACAUCCAGAUAUGAUAGCGGGUAGAAGCAAUGGAGAUGUUGCAGUUGAUCAAUAUCACCGCUACAAGGAAGACGUUGGGAUCAUGAAAUAUAUGAAUUUGGAUGCAUACAGGUUCUCCAUAUCGUGGCCAAGAAUCCUCCCAAAAGGAAAGCUUAGUGGAGGCAUAAAUCCAGAAGGAAUCAAAUAUUACAACAACCUCAUUGAUGAACUGCUAGCUAAUGGUUUAGAACCAUUUGUGACUCUUUUUCACUGGGAUCUUCCUCAAGCUUUAGAAGAUGAGUAUGGUGGCUUCCUAAGUUCUCACAUAAUAAAUGAUUUUCAAGACUUUGCGGAACUUUGUUUCAAAGAAUUUGGAGAUAGGGUGAAGCAUUGGAUUACUUUAAAUGAGCCACUCAGUUACAGCCUGUUUGCCUAUACACUGGGGAUGAUGCCACCAAAUCGAUGCUCUAAAUGGUUAAAUCCAAAUUGCACUGGAGGUGGCUCAGGGAAAGAGCCUUAUAUAGUUUCCCAUCAUCAACUUCUUGCUCAUGCUGCAGCUGUGCAAGUGUACAAGAAAAAGUAUCAGGUAUCUCAAAAAGGAAUAAUCGGUAUAACCCUUGUGACUAAUUGGUUCGAGCCACUUUCAGAUAACAAAUUAGAUAAAGAUGCUGCUCAACGAGCAAUUGAUUUCAUGUUUGGAUGGUUCAUGGGACCAUUGACAUCAGGAGAGUAUCCACAAAGCAUGCGUUCUUUGGUUGGAAAGCGUUUGCCAAAGUUCUCUAUACAACAAGUCAAACUUAUCAACGGUUCAUUUGAUUUUCUUGGACUAAAUUAUUACACCUCUAACUAUGCUUCCAAUGCACCCAAGCUAAGUAACGGAAAACCUAAUUAUGUUACAGAUUCUAAUGCGAAUCUUACAACUGAACGAAAUGGGAUUCCUAUAGGUCCAGUGGCCGCUUCCAACUGGUUAUAUGUUUAUCCUAGAGGAAUUAAAGAAUUGUUGCUCUAUAUUAAAGAAAAGUACAACAAUCCUUUAAUUUACAUCACUGAAAAUGGUAUUGAUGAGUUCAAUGAUCCAACAUUAUCACUUGAGGAAGCCCUUCUAGAUACUUUUAGAAUAGAUUAUCAUUUUCGUCAUCUCUUUUAUCUUCAUUCAGCAAUUAGGAAUGGCGCAAACAUAAAAGGAUAUUUUGCAUGGUCAUUGUUAGACAACUUUGAAUGGAACAGUGGUUACACAGUGCGAUUUGGAAUAAACUUUGUGGAUUACAAAAAUGGUUUGAAGCGACAUCAAAAACUUUCUGCAAAUUGGUUCAAAAAAUUUCUUAAAAAAUAUUAGAAUUUAUAUACUUUAUGGUUGUAAUAAAACAUAUGAAUUAUUACAUGUUUGUCAUUUCUCAUGAAGGAAAUGUUGGAAAAUAU